AAUUGCCGCGGGUUCAGUGCCGCCACUGGAACCGGGAGAUGCGGCACAGUGGUUGCUGCUGUGUUGGCUUUUACCCGAGCCUGGUCUCUUAUUGGGGUCCCAUCUGCAGCUUUGAUUAUGUUGUUACCUUCAGACGUUGCCCGGCUGGUAUUGGGUUACUUACAACAGGAAAACCUCACUUCUACCUGUCAGACUUUUAUUUUGGAAAGUUCACAUUUAAAAGAAUAUGCAGAACACUGUACAGAUGAAGGUUUUAUCCCAGCCUGCUUACUGUCUUUAUUUGGAAAAAACUUGACAACAAUUUUGAAUGAAUAUGUAGCUAUGAAAACAAAAGAAACAUCAAAUCACGUCCCAGCAAUUAUGUCAUCUCUGUGGAAGAAGUUAGACCAUACGCUUUCUCAGAUCAGGAGCAUGCAAAGUUCCCCAGGGUUCGCUGCCAAUCAGAGAGCCCGAACAAGAAGUGGAAUUGCAGAAAUCAAAAGGCAGAGAAGGCUUGCAUCUCAAGUAGCUCCUGCCAGUUCAGAACUGCUUACUUUACCAUAUCUUUCUGGACAAUUUACUACUGCUCCUUUGACAGUUACGCAAGUUAUUCGACCAACUGGCCAAACUUCAGUUCCUUUGAGGUCCAAUUUUGUAGUGGUUAACCAUGCACAAUCACAAGACACUGUGACCACAGGUGAGACUUUAAAUAUCAUUCCUGGUGCUCAGGAGAAGAAAACUCAUGCCAAUUUAAUGUCUCCUGGUAGACGCAAAAGUGAAUCUCAAAGGAAAAAUACCACUUUGUCUGGGCCACAGUCAACAGUACGGAAUUUCCAGGAUCCAAAUGCAUUUGCAGUGGAAAAACAAAUGGUUAUUGAAAAUGCACGAGAAAAAAUAUUAAGCAACAAAUCUCUUCAAGAAAAGCUUGCCGAGAACAUUAAUAAAUUUUUGACUAGUGACAACAAUAUUGCUCAAGCACCUAAGCCAACAGAUAGUAACCCUACUGAACCAGAGACUUCAAUUGAUGAACUUCUGGGACUUCAGAGUGAAAUUCAUAUGUCUGAAGAAGCUAUACAAGAUAUAUUGGAACAGACAGAAUCAGAUCCAGCCUUUCAGGCACUCUUUGACCUCUUUGACUAUGGUAAAACAAAGAAUAAUAAAAAUUUAUCACAAGGCAUGUCCAGUCAGCAUAUGGAAACCAAUCCCAAUGUAGUCUUAGCAGAUGAAACUAAUCUAGCAGUUAAAGGUUCUUUUAAAACAGAAGAAUCUGAUGAUCAAUCUGGUCAACCCCCACUAUGUACAUCUUACCAAAAUGAAGACACGUCAAAUGCUUUGAAGAAUGACAGCAACCAUGAAGAGCUUAGACAUGAACCCCAGGAACAUUUUUCUCAGCUAGGCUCUAGCAUCCAAAAAAAGACCUUGAAAACAGUUGUACCUACUGAACAGAAGGGUAACCUUGAUAUUACCUUUGAGUCUGUGCCUAGUUUGAAUGACUUUAACCAAAGAAUAAAUUCUGAUGCCAAAUGUAAUCAGCAUUGUGCUGAAUUAUAUACCAGUCAGAUGUCCACUGAAACUGAAAUGGCUAUAGAAGUUGAAAAGAAUUCUUUGUCUCCAAAUGUGCUGAAUGAAUCCCAGUUACAGCCAGAUUGUUCUGAUACACCAGUAACUUCCUUUGUUGCCCUUGGUGAUGAAACUAAAAAUGAAAACUUAAAUCUCUCUGGGAAAAGUUCUCAACUUGUAUCCCCAAAUAUACCAUUAACUGGAAAGCCAUCUAAAAUUUCUGAAAGUUUGAACGAUGCAGGAAGACUGAAAGCUAAUUUCCAUGGUUCCAAGUCACCAGGUUCUAGAGAAAUUCACCAGAGUAAAAUUGAAAUUAAUGAUGUAUUACCAGUAACAUCACAACGACUUUCAGAUUGCCAAGAUAAUUCUUCACUUCAAAGUAAAAUAUUAUCUGUGUCUGUUGAAAGUUCAGGUUUAAAUGUAUCUGAACAACAAGUAGAAAUUUGUCUUGGAGAUUCAAUAUCUUCAAUUAAACAGCCAUCUAGUGAUUCAUCGUGUGUUGAGUUAAAUCGUACAGAACAUGAAGUUCAGCCCUCCAGUUCUGACAAAGUUCCUUUGGAUUCACAUGAGCCAUCACCUUCUGUAAAAGAAGAUGGAGAUAGUAUUUUUCUCUCUUUAGGUGAAAAUGAUAACUGUGGGGAGGUUACAUUGAUGCCUCCUGAAGGUAAUCUUGUAGAAGAUAGACAUUCUCUUCCUUCAGAAUCUGUGUGUUCUUCAGUGGUAGAGUCUCACCCUGAGUCCCAAAAUACUAGUGAUAAACCUGCUAGCAAUAACUCAACAGAGAUAGAUGCAGCAAAUAUUGUCUCUCUCAAAAUUAUCAUCAGUGAUGAUUCAUUUGUUUCCUCAGAUCCUGAACUUAGCAGUGCUGUUUCUAGUAUCAGUGGAGAAAACGUGCCAACUAUAAUUUUGUCUUCUGCUAAAUCACCUGCCAAAAAUGCAGAAUUAGUUAAAUGUCUGUCUUCAGAAGAAACUGCAGGUGUUAUCACAUCUACUGAAGGAGAUUCAGUCUCAGUGGAACAAAGCCUUUUGGCGCUCAAACCUGAAGAUACUGCAGAAAACAACACUCAGAGUGAAGACAGCAUUGGUUUUUCAGCCAGUGUUACACCAUGUGUUUCCAAGGAUGGAGGGUAUAUACAGUUGAUGCCAGCUACAAGCACAGCUUUUGGCAAUUCAAAUAACAUUCUGAUAGCUACCUGUGUGACUGAUCCAACAGUCUUAGGGACAACUGUAAGUCGGUCUAAUGUUGUAGUGUUGCCUGGAAAUUCUGCACCUAUAACUGCCCAACCUUCACCACCUCAACUACAGACACCACCAAGAUCGAACAGUGUAUUUGCUGUCAACCAAGCUGUGUCCCCCAACUUUUCACAAGGAUCUGCCAUAAUAAUUGCUUCUCCAGUGCAGCCUGUACUCCAAGGAAUGGUAGGAAUGAUACCUGUAUCUGUGGUUGGACAGAAUGGAAAUACAUUUUCUGCUCCUCCUCAGCAGGUCCUUCACAUGCCUUUGGCAGCACCUGUAUGCAAUAGAAGUAUCCCUCAAAUCCCUCUCUCUCAAAAAUCUCAGAAAACUCAGGGACUAAGAAAUAAGCCUUGUACAGGAAAGCAGGUAAAUAAUAUGGUGGAUUCAUCAAAUCAUUUAAUUGGAUGUCAUGCCCAAAGAAUUGAAGUUUCUGAUAAGAAUAUGGCAACAGAUCAUGGAAAGAACCUGGAAGAAAUUGCAGUUCCCUUCUCAGUAGAGAAUGUAGUUCCAACUAGCAAGCCAUUCGAAAGCCACAGGCGUGUGCUCUGUUUUGAUAGCGCUGCUUCCUCUGUGGCAGAUACACAGAGGACAAACCAGAAGACAGUGUCCCAAAACAAAGAAAGGAGUGACAUUUCAUUUCCUAAUCUUGACUCACCCAUGAUGUCCUCAACCUUGAAACACUCUUCUAAUACUCUCAAAAGAGAGAGAGAGAAACCUCCUGUGCCUAAGAUUUUAUCUAAAUCAGAAUCUGCCAUUAGCCGACAUACCACCAUAAAAGAAGUUCAGUCAGAAAAAAAAGUUUCACCAACAGAAAUUGGACUUGAAUCUUUCCAUAAAGCAACAGCUAAUAAAGAGAAUGAAUUAUGCAGUGAUGUGGAAAGGCAGAAAAUUUCAGAAAUUUCAAAACUGUCUAAUGGGCAGCAAAAUGGGGGUUUACGGAAUGAGAAAACUAUAGCUUCACUGCAAGAAGUAACCAAAAAACAAGGCACAGCCUCAAACAGUAAAAAUGUCAUUUCAGUGGGUACAUCUGUGAAGGAUCUAAAACAGGAACAAACCAAAUCUGCCAGUUCUUUGAUUAACCCACUAAGCAAACACACCACAGAAAUGUUACCAGAUGCUCAGCGACAUAGCCCAGUAAAUAGGCUUACGGACAAUACUCAUUUAUCUGUACCCCGGACGCCUGGCUCUGUGGCAGGGGAAAAACAUAAAGAAGAACCUACAGAUGGUAUCAAGGUCCCCUCUAGCAGGCGUUUCACCGAAGACAGUAGCACACCCAAAGUAAUGGUCCCUCCUGUCACCCCAGACUUGCCAGCCUGCAGCCCUGCCAGUGAAGCAGGAAGUGAGAACAGUGUGAACAUGGCUGCCCAUACGUUAAUGAUUCUCUCCAGAGCAGCCAUCUCUAGGGCUACUUCAACAACUCCUCUAAAAGACAAUACUCAACAAUUUAGAGCAUCUUCAAGGAACACCACAAAAAAGCGGAAAAUUGAAGAAUUAGAGGAGCGUGAGCGGAACUCCCGUACUUCUAAUAAAAAUCUUUCCAGUUCAUCAAUACCAAUGAAAAAGAAGAGAAUUAAGAAAAAGAAGCUGCCCAGUUCAUUUCCAGCUGGAAUGGAUGUGGACAAAUUUUUGUUAUCCUUGCAUUACGAUGAGUAAUCAUUCUGAACAUAAAAGAACAAAAGCUGUUUAAAACUCAUAUCCCUUAAAUCCCUUAAACUAUGAGUGUAAGGAAUGAGAUAUUUACAAAGUCUAAAAGUAUGACCUGCACUUUCAUCAUACUGAAAUUUCACUUUAUAUCUAAAUCAUGCUGUUUCAGAAACAGCUGUCUAGUUUGUAAAUAGAAUUGCCUGGUAUAUUUUUAUUUUGGAAAAAAGUUGCAAAAAUGUAAAUAAAGCUAAUCUGCAAAACUGUAUAGCUUUGAUAAUUGCAUAUUGUAAAUAUUUUGUAAAUACUCUUGAAAUAGAGGUUAAAUCAACCCAAUGUUCUCACACUGUGUUUUUUGACUUGUGAUCCCCAAUUCUGAGGCUUAUUUGUCUGGAAUUGUUUCUCACUGUUGGGGGGAAAUAAUAUUUUUCCUUAUAAGUUGCCUUCAGUAACUUUCCAACAAGACAUUUAAAGAUAUAGCCACUAAAUAGUAAAAAGUGAUAAUCACCUCAAAUGAUAGUAAAGUGAUCAGGAAAUAACAGUUUGUUUUUUUCCUGCAGUGAAUACUUUACAACCCCUUCUUAUCAUUGCAGUAAAGAUUAUGUUUCUGAAAUUUAUACUUCUUCUGAUCAUUCUGGUCUCUUUGUUUUAAAGAGAGACUUUUGUAAACCAAUUGAGUGUUCUCAUCUUUUGGUUAUAAGUUUCAAGAUGUUUCACAGAACUUUGAGUGUUUAGACUGUUGAGCCAUAAAAUGUUUGGUUAUGUACUAGUUGAGAUUUCUUGGGAUGUAUAUACUUUUCCCCUAAGUACUGGGGAUUUAAAGAAUUGCACUAAUUCUUAGACCUCCUUACAUAGUAGUGACCAAUGCACAUUUAAUUUAAAUCUUGUAUUCUAUUUUAAAGCUUAUGUGGAGGAUUAUUUUCUUGUGUCCUUUUAGAAAGCCAUGUCCAUCAUAAGAAGAGAAAUCAUAGUUUUAUAUUUAAUGUUUCUCCUAAAAUGGGCUGUUAAGUAACUAUAUCUGUUAGUGCAUUGUCUCUGUACUCCUUAAAAUGUUAUAGUUACUCUCAAAAAGGGAAAUGAGAGGUGCCUUCUCUGUAUUAGACUUAACACAUCAGUCAAGUUGAUGGAUUGCUCUAAACCUUUCAAUGAGAACAGAAAUUAUAAUUAGUACUUGACCAAUUGUGCCUAGAUAUUAAAGUAUGUUCUCUCAAGUGUUUUCUGUUUGGUUAAAUAUCAAUAUAUUAAGAUUUUUUUCCUACAGGUAUAUGUAAAAGUUAUUUCCUCAACUUUUUUUUUUGUACUGGGCCUUUAAAAACUAAAUCCAUCCUACUCAAAACAACAUUUCUCCAUGUGGAAGUAACAUCUUAAUUGCCGACACUUACUGCAGCAGAAAUUUGUAUUGUAAAAAUUAUAUGAUGUGACAGUAGUCUAUCCCUAAGGAACUAAAUAUCAUACAGUUAAUGUUUAUUUAAUUCAACUUGAUACUGUAAUGCAGUUAGGUUUGAAUAAAUAUUUUCAUUAACUUAAAGUUUGAAUUCCUUCAUAUUGGCAGUCAUUCUCAUUUAGAUAUGUUGAUUAAAUCUCUUUGCAAGUCAAUUCUUGCAUACUUUUUCAGGAGUCCACAUAAGGUUGAAAAUUAUAGAUUUUCUCUUCAUUCAAUUAUUAUGCAUUUAUAUGUGCUGACUACUAAGAAUUCAUUUACAAAUAAGUCACUUUCUUCAAGAUUCUUAGUUCAGUAGCUAGCAGCCACUAGAUGUGUCCAAAGAAUUGGAGACUUCAUUUAUGUCCAAGAGCAAAACACAAUCUCCAUUUUACCUUAAAAGUUCAGGCAUGCUGGACUUAAUGGUAGUAUUCUACCUGGAAACCUAUUUCAGCAGUCAAGUGCCUCAUGAUGGCAUUUUAGGGUUAAAGUAUAUCACAAACUUGUAGCUACUUCUACAACUAUAUUUAAGUAUAUACUCUUUUAUUUUGUACAUUACUCAGUGGUUGAUGUCAGUGUAUGCCAAAUCUGAAAAGUCUUAUAGUUAAAAUAUUUAGUUAUUUUAGCCCUGGAUAUUGUUAAAACUCUCUAGUAUGUUGAAACUGUACGUGAAAAAAGCAUCCAUUAGCAUUCAGCCAAGGGCUAGAUGUCGUGACUAUUAGGAGACAGAUUUAAACUCUGAGAGGAGUAAUUUCAGUGACUUGUUACUAUUUUCUGCUUCCAUCCAUUUCUCACAUCACCAUCUUUCAGCCGCAGGCCCACCUUGAAGUUAACCAGUGUUAACCAAUGAACUUUUGACUUCCAUUAUUAUGCUUCCUCUUUGAAUAUACUUUUUCUUUUUAUAAACAUUGGUUAACAUUUUGACAUAGUUUACUAGUCUUUUUUCCUAAUUAUUUUUUCUACAUAGUUGAACUUAUACUGUAAAUAUAACUUUAUAAUGCUUUUUUACCUCAAAUAAUAUUAAAUAUUUCAGGUUUUAGCUAUUAUUUUUUUAAAGUAGUGAACAUAUUUGCAAAAAAGUAUUUGUGUAGGUUAUUCGUUAUUUCCUUGGGAGACAUUUUAGACAGUUAGAAUUACCAAAUAAAAAAUGAGUGGGUAUUUUUAAAGGAUCUCGAUACAUUUUGCCAAACUCUGCCAGAAAAUUAAUUCCUGCCAGCAAAUUGUCAUAUCUUCCAUACCAUGCUUAUUUCUUACUAAAAAUACAUGUAUAUUCAGCUAUAUCAUCAUUGGUUUCUAGGCUGUUAUUUCUUGAUUUUCUUAAAAUGAGUACUUAGCUCUAAUCCGUAUAUAAUUUGUUUUGGUAUCUGGUGUGAAAUAAGAAUGUACUUUUUUUCCCCCUAAAUAUCUAACCACUUGACUCAGUUUAAUAGGUUAAAAUAAGUUUUCUCUUCCCCCAUACAUUUACUUACAAUGCCUCUUCUUAUUUUAUACUAAUGCAUAAUCUUGUAUUCAUAAUUCUAAAAUCAAAAGGUUCUUACCAACCAGUAUUUUUCCCUUAAGUUUGGCAUCAAAACCCAUUUCAUGGCAAAAUCUGACCUGGUUUGACAAGAGACUGUGAGUCCUUAUCUCAUUUGGUAUAAACGUUCAUACUUUGCUUGAAAAGCAAUAAUGUCCUUAAUUAGGGUGAAAUUUUAGAUUCAACUUAGAGUUAUAUGAUAUAUGCAUUGUGUUACUUUUUAAAAAACGCUAAAUAUCUUAAUUAUGAAACCCAGCUAACCAUAAAGGUAUAAAGUCAAAUUUUGGACCUGUAUUAAAUUUAUAUAAAUACAGUAUAUAAUAUGGUUUAUAGAUUAUUUUGUGUCACUGA